AUGGACGUACCCGGCUUCGCCCUAAUCACGGGAGCCGCGUCGGGAAUCGGGAAAGCGUGCGCUUUUGCCUUCGCAAGAGAAGGCUGCGCUGGCAUUGCACUCCUCGACCUUAACGCAGAAGCACUAUCCUCCGUCCGCAAUGAAAUCCAAAACAUCAUCGACAAAAGAGAUGACAACAAACCCACUUGCCGCAUCGAAAUUCUCCCCACAGACGUCACAAACGAAGACCAAGUCACUGAUCACGUCCAAGCCGUAGCGAAAGCAUUUGGUCGCAUCGACUACGUUGUCAAUGCUGCUGGGAUAGCACUCAAGCACGCCGGUGGCGCCGCCUACGCGACGACCGAAUCCUGGCAGCGCGUGCUCGACGUAAACCUCAACGGCACAUUUUACGUCCUACGCGCAUCCGCACGCAUAAUGCUCACGCAAGAACCCAUUCUCUCUUCGCUCAACAACCGCCCGCUCCAGCGCGGCUCAAUCGUGAACUUUUCGUCCAUCCAGGGCGUGGUUGGCAUCACGCUUUCAACCGCCUAUACAGCGUCAAAGCACGCGAUACUUGGACUGACGAGGAGCGCAAGCGAGGAUUAUGCAAAUCAGGGCUUGAGAAUCAAUGCUGUGUGUCCUGGGUAUACGGAGACGCCUAUGACGACGAAGAAUCCGGAGGUGCUCAAGGCGAUGCAGGAGAGGGUUCAAACUGCGGUACCGAUGCAAAGGAUGGGGCGGCCGGAGGAAAUUGCUGAUGCGGUGCUUUACUUGGCUGGUGGGCGGAGCUCGUUCGUUACUGGUUCAGCACUGGCUGUCGAUGGUGGGUACACAUCACGGUAG